AAACAUAAAUAUUGUGAACACAGAAAAGGAAACUAGCAAACGGAAAAACAAACAUACGAAUAGAUUCAUGGGUAAAAGCAAUUGGAUUGAUUGCGUCGAAUAUCUGGGAAUUUGAAUUUUUGCAAAACAAAGCGCAGUUUUAAUUUGUGAGUUUGAAAGCAAAAUUAAUUUAAUGUGCGCUGUUUAAUUAAAUAUAAAAUUUUGUAAAGAAAUCAGAAGAAUUGUAACAACGCAAGAAAAUAUCUGUGACGAAAAAUCUGAGAACAAAGUAUACUGCGACAUAUGGAAUACAGGUGAAAACAAUUUGUCAAGUGAGACAUUCACUUUUCAUUCGAUGUGAAUACCAAAUCAAUAGUUGAAAAUAUAGCAAAUUAUUAGGUGUUUGAAAAAUCGAACUUCAAAGCAGAAGGAAAAGUAUAUCAAAGUGCAUUCAGUAACAAAAUUUGACGCAUAUAAUCCGAAUGUGAAAUAUUAUAGUUGCUAGAGGAGUGGAUAUAUAGAGUGUACGAAAACAUACUGUUUUGAAUUACCUACGCUCUUAUUGUAAUUAAAUUAACGUUAAUUGGCUGGUGGACGUAUAAUGUUUUGAAGAAAAUACAUACAUACAUAUUCCUAUAUUGGUAGCCCAUUAGCAAACGAUUCAAGAACUAUUGGAAAGACAGGAAAUUUGAUAUUUAAUCAGUGGCAAAAUAAACAAAAUAAACAGAGGCAAGUUCGAUUGGAACCAACCCACUAAAAGUGUUUUGUGCGCUUACUUGUGACUAAGGCUAACUGAUAGCCUCAGAUCCAUAGACAGACAAUAACGUUCCAGUGUCGCUGCAACAAAAACAAACACCACAACAAACCCAUUGCGGGAGGUGUGCCAUCACAAACGGUGCUAUUUUUUGUUCUACGCCGUACUUUUUGUAUUUUCUGUGGCUCUUGAACUGAUAAGGUUGUGUGCAGCAACACAAGGUAGGUGCAGAGUGAAAACAAUCACUUAUCAGGGUGUAGAUAUAGAUCGCAGAGCUAUCGCCGAGUGCACACUCACCGACAUAUUCGGGCAACUGCCGACAUACAGACAUUUAUGAAGACUUAACAAUAACAAUAAUCGGUCAAAAAGCGCUGGAACAAACGCAGUAACACCAGCAACAACGUCGCCGUACAAGUACAAACAAAUAAGAUAAAUAGUAAUAAAAUACACAAGUAAAGCCCAAUCGAAAACAAAACAAGACCGCAAAUAGCAAAACAAAGCGUAGCACACGAAAAGCGGGCAAAAUAAAGAGCAACGCUCCAUUGAUGCCGUUGAGUUGUUGUUGAGCCAUACCGCAGCAAGCUGGCGAACUAAAUGGUCGCGCGAUUCAAACAGAAAGAAGCGCAAAUACAUAUACCUACAUUGCUGAAGUGAAUGUUGUUGACUAGUUGUGGUCGUUUUGCUCCGUUUGUGUUGCUCUAAUUGUUGCAAGUGCUUUGGAGUCUGCAGUGCACACAUACCCACACGCUGGUGGCACUUGAGGCGCUGGAGCGGUGCAGUCGUGCGGUUGCUAUUGUGAUUUCCUCAAAAAGCAAGCGAAGCGAAGACUCAAUUUUACGUUGGACGCAGCCGUCGUUAUUAGUUUUCAACUAAAAACCAAGGGCUUUCUAGUCAAAGAGACGGCAUAUACCUUACAUUCUUCGCAAUAUUUGGUGCGUGCAGUAAAAUAAAAUGGUGAAGACAUUUCAAGCCUACUUGCCGUCCACGAAUCGAACGUACUCGUGCGUGCAUUGCCGUGCGCAUCUUGCGUCCCACGAUGAGCUCAUCUCGAAAUCGUUCCAGGGUAGUCAAGGACCUGCCUACCUCUUCAACUCGGUGGUGAAUGUGGGCUGUGGCCAAACCGAGGAGCGUGUGCUACUCACCGGUCUACACGCCGUCGCAGACAUAUUCUGCGACUGUUGCAAAACACCGCUGGGCUGGAAGUACGAACACGCCUACGAGAGCAGCCAGAAAUACAAAGAGGGCAAGUACAUAAUAGAGUUGGCGCACAUGAUCAAGGAAAACGGCUGGGAUUGAGCGAAUGUGUUGAUAUUUAUACGAUGGAGCAGAACGCCUAUGAUGAGACGAAGCGUAGCGAUGUCGAGCGAAUGCAGUGCGUGUUAAUGCAGAGGACAAUGUGGAUGUUAUACAAUCUAUGUUAGUGAUAUUGUGUUUGAAGAUGAGCUUGAGAUCGGUAUUGGUAUUAUAUUGCGAGGAAUAUUGGUGAAUGCGAUUGAAGUAUUUUAGUGGCUAGACAUGAAUUAUGUAGUGAUAAUUGAAGUGAAGGUUUGGUAAUGUUUAAGAUGUAUUUUGUGUAUACACUUUUGACAUUAUCCUUAAAAACAAGACGAAUGUCUGCUAUAAACCUCAAAAGAGCAAAUGUGUUUAAAUUAAAGUUAUAAUGUGAUUUUAAGUUUAAAAUUGCCACCGCCUUCUCUUAACACCAUUAAGGAUCAGAACACAAAAACACAGAACCGAUGGCCGCAUACGUUCAUAAAUCUACAUCUAUCACUAUCACUUCUGCUGGCAGACACCCAAAUCCUUCCUCACAAAACCGAUACAUUUUCAAUAUCUUUUCAUAAAACAACACUUACAAAGAAACAUAACAAAAACAAAAGCAAACAACACUUAUAGUUAAUCCACAAGACAGGCCCUGCAGAAACUCGCUUUUGUAAACCAGUUGCAAGUCUUGCUGGUUUCAUUUCCAGAAUCGUGAUAUGAUACGAAAAGCAUAUACCCGGCGAACCGUACCAAAACUUUUGGAUAAAUGAACAACAAAAAGAAAAAAAUUACAUUGGAAAAAUGUUGAAAUGAAAGCACACAAACGCAUGCAAUUGAGUAUCAAAGCGUAGAGCGCAGACGAUGUCGCUAAGCUAAUGGGAAUGGACGCAUAUUGUGAAGUUGAUAAUUUUGAACUGUCUUUGCUGUCACUGCCACUGCCGAUACUUUAAAUCUUCUAACAACAAUUCUACAAACUCAAACUUUUGCGGUUUACUUUUGCUGCAAACGUGACUUCUGCUGAUAGCACCAUUGAUGGCACAGCGCUUUCAAUGAACAAACUACAUGCUAACCAAAUAUCUGUAGACACGGCUUGGAUGCGCCUGCAAAUGGAAAGUUGAGCUUACCUCUCCGAAUCAACGGUUCAAGUCGUAAAUACCCUCACAUAUUUUCCGACAUCAGCACACAACCAGUCCUAACAAUCUUCAGAAAUGAAGUAAACUAUUUGGAGAAACCAGUCGCUUUUUCGUUCUAUAAUAGUUAAUGAUAAAUUAUUGAUAAAUACCUAUUAUUUUACUGUUAUAAUUAAAGAGUAUGGUACACUAUAUAAACUUAUGUGUCUACGUGUAAUGAGUGUAAGCUUAUUUUUAUGUGUAUUCGUGACAGAGACGAUGUAUUUUUAAGUUUUAUGUGCAUUUUUAUUAGCUCAACAAGAACAAACAUAAUUAAAUUUACAUAGAACUGAUAUUAUGUGUAAAGUAAGUAAUAUACAUACAUAUAUGAUAUAAAUUCAAAACCUGUGUGUAUUUUAUUUUGGUAGUGCCAGCAGUUGUUGUACAUACAAAAAUAACAAUAAUGAUAACACACAACAAUUUCAUUUGCUAGCAGGCAACAACGAAGUAAACAAAAGGGCACGCAAUACAACUCCUUGCAAGGACACUUGUUAUGGCUGCCCGCCACAUUUUUCAUGGCAAGAUUGAUUGCUUUGUAUGAAUAAAUGUGUUGAAUUAACUACUGCUGUAUAAUUUAAAAUAUAUUUACUAUCAGGAAGCACACGCAAUUGCUUAAAGCUUGUAAAUAAGCAAAAACUACAUUAUUUACUAAAUAUACACAUUUAUGUAUGUAUGUACACGAAGUUAUUUAAAACCGUUUACUACCAUAUUAGAACCCAAGUAUUGUAUUCUAAAGCAAACGUUUCGAAAAUGCGUUGCAGCCUGUUGAGAGGAGUUAUCGAUAAUAACAGUUUGGAAUGGUGAGUGAUAUUUUAAAGCUUUCACGGAAACUUACGCAAAGCUCGUUGAAAACCAUAUACAAGCAUUUGUAUGACAGUGAAAUAAGUAUUUGAUAAGAAUAAGUGAUAGAGUGAGCUUAGCGUUUUUUCAAUAAGAAUUCAAAUUGAAGUAAAACCGUUUUAACUUGCGCAAGGAAUCUUAUUCCAAAUAAAUUAUACAAUGACUAGUCGUCACCUGAAAUGUCAAAUAACUGCAAUUAUUUGACAAGUUAAGCAGAAAAUACACUAUGAAGCUUACCGCCGGCUUUUUUGUUUCAAAAAUACAUUAAAAUUCGUAACAUGCUUUUAAAGUACCGCUAACAUAUUCCGGUAAAUGAUUGCUGCGAAAAAUACAGCCCACAUUUGGUGAAAAAUGGCAGCAGUACCUUAUUUCACUGCAUUAUUUGCAGUUGCUGUGAAGUUAACGCUGAACUUUUACCGGCUAAGCGCGUGCUGAUAAUCAUAAUGCUUUUCAAAGACUCAGUAUUUUAAAUACUACCUAAAAUUAAUAAAAUCGCUUAAAAUGCAGCUUAUUCAUUCGAGACAUUAAUCUUGAAAUUUUCAAUAUUGGUGUUAUUUGUUUUUCAGGUGAUGGCAUUUUCGAAUACAGACAAAUAACAGAUGGCAAUGUGUAGUUGGUAAAGUUUUUAAGAAAUUGAGGUUUCAGGCGGACGAUAAAGCUUAACAAAAAAUGCUUAAAAUUAAGAGGUUCAUUGCAAUUAUUAAUUUCUUUGUAAACUAUUGAAGGAAUUAAAGAAAUACACAACUGCAAUAUUUAAUUAAUUAAUUUGAUGUGUAAAAGUAUUAAUUUAAGUGCUUGACGAAAAAGCCUAUUUCAAUUAACGGGCGUGUAUCAUUUUUUGAAAGUUGUGUAGUAACCUCCUUUAUUUCCGUUGUAAGUACUUUGAAUUAAAUUCUAUAAAUGUCAAUGACUCAUAAAAAUCAAUAAGUUCAAUUUUAUUUCAAUUUAUUUGUUCAGACGAAUAAUAUUGUAAUUCAAUAGAUGCGUUUUGGAAAUAUUAAAAAUGCUUAUCAACUUAUGGUAUAUAGAAAUGAUCAAAUCAAUAACACUGUAACUGUCGCCAAUGAAAAAUUUAUAUGUACAUGAAAUCACACGAAAGACUCACGAAUGAACAUGAACAUGCAAGAACGGUUAAAAAGUCUUAGCACAGCGGCAUACAACUUUUAGGUUGCAUUAAAAGUCUUGAAUUAAAAGAAUCAAAAAUAAUAAUAAAAUCUAAAUAUUGUUAACUUCGCUUUCGUUUGCUUAAAAUCUAAGAGAAAACUUAUUUAUCCACAUUAAAAUGAACAUCAAAUCGCUUUAAUAUAGAAUGUAAACAGCUUACGGGCGUUUAAUUAUAUGGUAGUAUAGCAUAAAACUGUAAAUAAUGCAUAUAUAUGCAAAUACAUACAUAUAUGUAUAUAAAAAACUGCCAAGAACAAAUUCGCGUCAUAAAUGUCGUUGGUUCUCUAAUAACAAAUUAACAUACAACCAGUUAGAAUAUCGAAUUAGGCGAUAUAUAUUUUAAUAUAGGUUUAUAGUUUAGAAAAGAAAUCAUUUCAUCUCCUUUUGAAUUAAAUUAAUGCGACCUUAGAAGCAAAAUACUUGGCAAAUGCCGCAACAAGAAAUAUAAAAUGCUAUAGUUUUAAUGCAAAUAUUACGUAACUACAUUCCCGUUAACUGCUAAUUGAAUUAUAUAUCCGUCAUUAAUGUAAAUUCUUAAAAACAAUAUAAAUAUAUACUCAAAAACUUUAAUUUUCGAAGCAUUAAAGCAAUGCGUAAAGAAAACAAAACCAAAAGCGGUUGAAACAUUAAAGAAUGGGAGAAUGAAACAUAAUGCAAUAAAAUUAAAAUGCUCCAAACUGUAUUUCGGUUUUUAAACAAAAAUAAAUAGUAUAAUUGUACCGAAUUCGAGUUGUGGCUUAAAACUAUUUUCUCAAAACAAGCAAACUUUUAUCUAGUAUUUGUUGACUGGCUAAACAAAAUGAUAAAUAUAUACACAUAUAUCAAUAUCUAUUUUCUCUACACUAUCAUCAUAGAUGUAUCAUAAAUAUUAUAAUUGAAAUAUGAAUGUACUAUCAGCAUAUGAACGAUUAUAUGCCGAUUUUAUUAAGAUAAAGUUAUGGCUUUAUUUAGCGCUGAAACACUGGCACACCAUAGAACAUGCUAUUUCAUACAAAAAUUGUUUAUUGAUUUCGUCAAAUAUAGCCGAAUACAUAAAUACAUCCGAAAAUAAUUUUGCUGUUCACACACACAUAUAUACAUAUAAUGCAUACAAAAAUUUUAGCUACUUAGUUUUAGGUUAUAAUUGAUGGCAAAACGUGAUAAAUAAAUUAUUAAUAUACAGUAAUAUAUUGAAAAUUA